AUGAUUAUUAAUAAUUAUUUGCUUAUUAAUCAUGAUUUAGAUGUAAUUACUUCUCAUCGGCCUGCAAACAUAGCCGUUGAAGAUCAAUAAAAACCUCUAAAUAACACACAUUUUUCAAGAACUUUUAGAAAUACUCAACUACUUCGUAAAUUAGACACAAAAUAAAAUUAUAUGAGUAUGAUGUCACAAGGCAAAUUAAAGCCACUAACAAAAUCAUAAAGCUUAAUUUGUUUAAGUCUUAAGACACCGAUCUAUGAGGCAAAAGAGAAAAAAAUGGAACUAGCAAAUUUGAGAAUGGGAAAAAGAAUGAAGAGGUAAGCUGCAUGUUAAACAGAUUGUUUUGAAAACAAUAUAUUUCUCAGAAAAACAGUAUCGUCUAAUUGUAAAUAUUAAAUUACAAAUAUUUACUAGUUUAAUAAUCAAGAAAAACAGUUUUCUCUGAGACUUUGUAUAAAUCUAAAAUUGAGUUUUAAAAAGUAGAUGAAUAAACUAAAUAUAAAUGA